AUGUGGUUUGAGACUGUGGAGAUGUGGUUUGAGACUGUGGAGAUGUGGUUUGAGGCUGUGGAGAUGUGGUUUGAGGCUGUGGAGAUGUGGUUUGAGGCUGCGGAGAUGUGGUUUGAGGCUGCGGAGAUGUGGUUUGAGGCUGCGGAGAUGUGGUUUGAGGCUGUGGAGAUAUGUGGUUUGAGGCUGUGGAGAUGUGGUUUGAGGCUGUGGAGAUGUGGUUUGAGGCUGCAGAGAUGUGGUUUGAGGCUGCGGAGAUGUGGUUUGAGGCUGCGGAGAUGUGGUUUGAGACUGCGGAGAUGUGGUUUGAGGCUGUGGAGAUGUGGUUUGAGGCUGUGGAGAUGUGGUUUGAGGCUGUGGAGAUGUGGUUUUACGGAAGAAUUCUUAGAAUUUCUUGGACAGCUAAGCAGAGCAACUUGGAUGUUUUUAAAGAGGCGAGUACUUGUAGACAAUUUAUAA